GUACAUACAUCCUAACAACGGCCCUGAUUCCUGCUCUGAAGAAAGUCCAGGACCCCAGAGUGAUCACUGUGUCAUCAGGUGGGAUGCUGACCCAGAAGCUCAACGUGGACGACCUGCAGUUUGAGAAGGGGACGUUUGACGGCACCAUGGCUUACGCCCAGAAUAAAAGACAACAGGUGAUCCUCACAGAAAGGUGGGCCUCUCAGCACAAAGAGAUCCACUUCUCCUGCAUGCACCCUGGCUGGGCCGACACUCCAG